AUGGAGACAUUAGACCCAUAAUAUGAGACUCUCGUUUCAGCUGAAGCAGAAGAUCAGCUAAUGAUGAGUAGACUCAACUGGAUGACCUACCUUAAAGUACUAUUUGAUAAACUGACAUCUAGUGUUGGCAUGAGUCACUAACAGAUCUUAAACGGCACUCAUUCAUAGAGUAGUAGCAGCAACUCAAAUGAGGUAGAUAUUUAUCAACUAUUGGAAGCUCUCUCUUAAAUUAAAAAUCUGCUGCCUCUCUAAGCAAGAGACGACUAUAUUAAUAAGCAUGGAAAUGAAAAGGGAUUCACAAUUUAAGAAGUAGAAUUCAACUUGAGAAGAUUCUUGAUAAUCAACAACACAUCUCGGUUAUCUUGGGAUGAUGUUAUUGACAUGUUUCUGAGCAAUAAACUAGUCUAGAAGCCAGCCCCUAUGUCUAGUCAUAACCAUAAUCAUUCUAAGUACUAAACCACUAAACCAAAUUAGUUAUCUGCGAGUAACAUUCCUCAGAUGAGUGAGUACGAUGACUUGGUGAAUAUUUCAGAGGAAUGCUAUGGCACUGCUAUUACAGAGCAAUACCUUAACAAUCAAAGGAAUCCAUCAUCAGUAAUGCAGAUUUUAUCAGCUGAUAAAGAUGAUACUUAGGUUUAGCAUGAUGACAGAUUUAAAGAGGAUUCGAUCAGUAAAAUUCUAUUAAACUAAAGAAAUCACAAAACUCAUGUUAAAAAUCAAGCUCAUAAUGCUUAGGAAUUCGUUAUUCAGCAUCUAAUCACAUAUAAUAAUACUUUAGGGGAUAGUGAUGAGAAAAAUACCGCGAGUAUUAAAAGUCCUAUGUUUAGUCCCUACUGGCAACAAAAGGACAUUAGCCUUAGAAUAAAAAACAACAUAUAAAACAAUCUAACUAACUAAAAUACCUAAGAUCAUUAGGUAGGAAAUUUCUUAGAUGAGUCACCAUCUGUUGAUAACAUUGUUAAAAAGAUUGAUUUUAAAGAUUCAAUAAUUAGCAAUAAUAAAAGAAGCAUGGUGGAUGAUACAGCUGAUAAAAAUUACUAUAUUUAGGAAAAUAACGAUAGAACAUCUGUAAAAAACCUCUCUAAAUAGAGAAAUGAUAGUAAAUAAACUCUCGGCAACACCAAUUAGCACUGUAGCUUUUACCUAACACCAUCUUCGGGCCUGUAAACACCAAUAUAGCUAAAUGGAAAAAUAAACGGAAAAACUUAACACUAUUAGUAUAUCCUUAACACUGACUCAAAAGAUGAGAAAAGCGAUAGAAGAGAAUUGUCAUCUUCAGCAGUCAGAGCAAAAAAUACAAGCAAUAAUAACAUUAGUGAAAUAAGCAGUAAAGUAUUUUCCUAUAAGGUUCCAUUCGAGAGUGCUUUCAACUCAUAGUUUAAAUACUAAAAAUCUCCAGUGUCAAUGACAUAUUAACCAAUCGUGUGCAUUGAGGACUUAACCUCUGAAAACAAACAAUAAAUAAAUUAUUAUGACAUCGUAUAUACCAAUCAAAGAUGCGUUUCUUCAAUCUAAAUGCCACAGUAGCAAGUAAGAAAGGAACUAAACUCUCAUCUGCGUGGAUUUAAUUUAAAUAAAAACUUAUUUAGUAGAAUCUACAUGUUCCAUCCACUCUAAGCAUAACAAUUACUUAUUUUAAACAUGAGCCACAAUCUAAUUCAAACAUUGCAAGGAGUUGAGCAAUGCUAGAAUUUGCAGUUUCUCAAUUUAUCUCACAAUAUGAUUACUGAUAUUUCAAAUUUAUCGCUGCUUAGAUAACUACAAGAAGUUUAUCUUUCACAUAAUCUAGUUAGUUCUCUUCUUUUAAGAGGUGGAAAUAAUCAUAUGAUUGAUGAUAGCAUGGUAUCUUAGCAUAAGACUCAAUUCAUUUGGCCUUUUUUGGAAAUAUUAGAUUUUACAUUCAACAAACUCAAUGAUUACUAUGAAGUCUUGCAUCUGGUUAAUGAUAAUGCAGUUAAAAAGGAUGUAAUUAGGAUUAUAGCUACGAAAGGAAACCAGUUCUAUAAUCUCAACUAAGCUUAUAAUAUAGAUCAAUUCUUUGUAGACAAUGAUAUAGAGAGUUCAGAGUUGAUUCAAAAAUUCAGUUAGUAUUUUUGUGUGAAAGAGCUAUACAGAGUGUGUUUUCAGCAAAAUACUGAAAAUUAAUGCAAUCAAAAGAGUGUUAGUCAAUCUAGAUCAUCAAUCAAUUAAAAUCCAUUGACUACACUGGGCAUGAUAAUCAAUCAAAAGUACAAUUAAAGUUAAUCCAUUGAUUAUUAAGAGCGACCAUCUAUUAGCUCAUAAUUCCAUCACAAGAAUCUCAGUAUGAUGGUCAGCGCACCUAAUGAUUUAAGAUUUGCAAAGACUAGAAUAGAUAUUUACAGGUAAAAUAAUAAUAGAUCGCCUUCUGAAAAUACUAAUGGUGGACCAUCAAGAUCUAAUUCAAAUGAUAAUAGACCGACAACUCAGCUCUAUUCUUCUCAUUAAAAUAUUAGAUUAAGGAAUAAUCUAGCAAGGACUAGCACUUCUUGCAAUAAUCAUUUGAUGUUCAAGACUCAGAGUAAGAAUAGAUAGAUCUCUUUAGGUAAAAAAGGUUCAUUAACAAGAGGAGUGGUAGGAGUAUCUCAAAAUCUAUACAAUCCUAAAUCUAUGACUUCUAAUUUCAACCAAGCAGUCAAUGAAUUGUCGAAGAAACUAUCAUUAAAGGACAAAAGAAAGACUCAGUAAGUAAAUUUAACUAAGAUUGAAAAGCCAUUAUCAAGGAAUGUCAGAUUUUUAGAUUUGUCUAAUAAUCCAAAUAACCCACAGAAGACAAUUUAAAAUGGACUCAUGACUAACAGGAAGUCUGGAGACACAUCGCUAUUAAACCUACAAAAUAACUCAGUAAAUGGUAGCAAGUCAUAGCUAAGUUUUGCUAGUAUAACUCCAAUUCACAUACCAAACAAAAUGCAAGCAGUUCAAAACUCAAACUGCAUUUUUAAUACUUUAGCCAGCUUUAAAGCAUAAGCCCCAAACAAAAGAUCAGCUUUGAAUAACUAACUUAAAAGAUCCAUUGAUUUGACUCUUGGUAUUCAAUCCUCAAAGCCUGCAAAUAAUGUUAAAGGUUUACAAGUUCCUAAUUCAACCAAACAUCAUUAAAGCAAUUCCAUUUCUUUCCAUAUCUCUGAACCCAAUAAAUUAAACAAGUUUCAUUAGAAGAAAGAAUCUACAAUAACUCCAAGAAAUCAUUAACAAUUAAAUUCAAACUAAAUCAAUCAAAAAUAGUUCAGCUCUUUCAAUAAAAUAACUGAGCCAAGUCCAAUGACUAAUGUAUUCAAGAAAAAGCAAAGUUCUCCCAUAAAAUAAUCAAAACUUAUUGGACCUUUAACCUAAAAGAGUGAGAGAUAGCCAAUAAUUUCAGUAUAAAUUACUGGAGACAUGGCUGAGGAUGUAGAUGAGUGUGACGAUGAUGACGAGGAACCAGCCAUUGUAGUAUUAAGUGAUAAAUCAUAUGAUAAAUUCAACUAAAAAGUCUAGCACGGUGAAACUAAAACUAGUACUUUUAUAUGUAAGGAAACCGCUUUAUAAAAGCCUUAUAACUAAAAAACAAUCAAAUUAAACCUCAGCAAACCCACUGGAAAAGAAAAUAGUAAUAAGACUGGAGCAGUAACAAUAACUUCCUACAAUAGUGUUGUAGAAAGUAAGGUAAGAUCUAAGAAGUAGAGUGUUCCUAACAAAAGUUAUUUUACCAAGUUAUGA